GUGGUGGGUGUGGGGUGUGGGUGUGGGUGUGGGUGUGGGUCUGGUUCUGGGUGUGGGUGUGGGUGUGGGGUGUGUGGGUGUGGGUGUGGGUGUGGGUGUGGGUGGGUGUGGGUGUGGGUGGUGUAAGCGUGACUGUGCGUGCGGGUGUGCGUGUGGUUGUGAGUUUUGGUUUAAUUCUUUUGUUGCUAGACACGCGCAUCCACCGACACCCACAUCCCACACUCCAAUGAUUGUGUUCUUUUAGGCAAACUCCAGAAUAGUAAAUUACUUGAAUUUUUGUUGGUUUUUGGUGAACACGAAAACAAAACAUACUUAAUAUGGAGAAGUCAACAGUUGACUCAAUGGAAUAUUCAGCAGACACAUGAAAUACUCAGUAUGGAUUUCACGGUAUUCAGAGCCUUUUGAAUUCUCAAUUAGACAAAGCUCGCCGACAGUAUCCUGCAUGUUUUUCAAAACCCGUUUAUGCAUUACCUCCUAUCAGUGAUAAUAUCGCAUACCAAUUGGAACAUGACGUCGAAAAAGAGCAGAAAGAUCACAAAGGAAAACGGAUUGUUUUGAUUCCAUAUUCUUUAGCAAACUCAGUUUGGAUUGGAAUUUUAAUUGAAUUUGAAGCUGAUGAACGAAUUCUACGAGCUGAAUAUAUUAAUCCAGUCAAUGGAUUCGAUGUCAUUCAAGAUACAUUACAAAAGCAACUUUCCAAAGUUUAUUCAUUUGCUGUUCUUCGGUCGAGAAAUAUAUUAACGCAUCAUGAUCAUAGGGGAAGUGCAACAUUAACAGUUAAAAACUUAUUACAAGCAGUGAAAGAUGAACAGUAUCCGGAUUUUAUUAACCCGACACCACUUCAAUCACAUAAUUCUAGUCGAUAUGAGAACACAACUCGAGCAUAUUCGACUAAAAAACCUCAUUAA